AGAGCCUUGACUCCAGGCCUAGCAAAGUCAAAGGUAGACGGAUGGACUAUUGUUCUUGGUGACGCAACUUCAAGGCCACAAGACAGAUUCGGUGAACUUAUCUGUAUGCGUCGUCUACCGAUGGGCGCUCUCUCCUUUAUGCGUCGGAGAACGGGAAAUCUAGUCUCCGAUGGUUCAACUCUGGCUAAAAAUACGGCCUCGAUUACGCUCAAUCUUGCCUUCAUACUUCCAUUACUUCCUGUAAAAGGCUUCACUCUGAAUGCAUCUCCCUCAGCUGGCGUAAUGCGCAGAGUUACAGUAUAUUUGCUCUCUGAUACCUACCUUGGUUUAGAUCAACAGAUUCAAUUUUCUUUAUUCGUGUUACCUAAACCCUCUGAGUUGCCUAAAGACAACUCUGAUUGUUAUGAGAAUUCCAUUAUGAAAAGUGACAAUGAAUAA